AUGAACACUCCAAUAAAACUCACCUUCCUCAUUCUCUGCAUCGCCCUAACCGCAACCGCAUUCGUAGUCCCAGCCAAACGUGCCGACGUUACCCCAGAACAUGAAAAAACCGUAGCAGGAAUCUGCAGCGUUGUCGAAGACAAAAAUCUUUGUAGCAUAACCUUGAAAACCGUCCCAAGCAAUGACCCUGCCUUCUUGGUCCGCUACUUAGCCACAGCAGCAGAAUCCUCCGUUAAAAAGGGCUUGAACUUUCUCUCCGGAAUCAAACCUAAGUACAAAGGAAACGCCUUCGCCACAAACUGCAUCACCGGUUGCGAAAAACAGUUAAACAACGCCUUGGAAGACUUUGCAGAUUUCUGGAAAGCCGCAGGAAAAAACCUAACCAGCAUGGCUGAUAAUUACUUCACAUGCAAGAGUAAGAUGACUUCGAUCUUCACGUACCACUCGACUUGUCUUGAUGACAUUUACGACAAAACGUUGUUGAAAGAGGUUCAAGGAGGGAUUGGGCUUGGGAAAAGAAUGAGUGGUGAGUCAGUGGAUGUGUUCUCUGGAAUGGAUAAAGUCUUCAACACUUUAAACAUUAAGACCAAACUUAACCAGAAAGAUACCGAUUCGUUGCUCCCACCACCUUUGUCGUUUUACUACCAUUGA